AUGAGCAUACCCAACGAAUAUAUUGCAAAAACGGAAGAUGUGGCCGAACAGGUUAUCAAGCGCGGCAAAUAUGUGCUACCAACUGUUGCACGGCUAUGUCUCAUUGCCACUUUCUUCGAGGAUGGCCUGCGCAUGUAUUUCCAAUGGAACGAACAGCGUGAAUACAUGGACAUGAGCUGGGGCUGCGGCAAGUUUCUGGCCACCGUUUUUGUGCUCACCAAUCUGUUUGGCCAACUGGGCGGCUGUGGUAUGGUAAUGGCUAGAUUCAAGGUGGACAUUGCGGUCGGUCUGCUCUUUUUCAUUGUGGUGCUACAGACAAUAGCCUACUCCAUACUGUGGGACUUUCAGUUCUUGCUACGAAACUUUGCUCUGAUCGGAGCUCUGCUGCUGGUGCUUGCCGAGGCCCGGAUCGAGGGACGCAGCUUAUUUGCGGGCGUGCCAUCUUUGGGCGACAACAAACCCAAGAACUUUAUGCAGUUGGCCGGCCGCAUACUGUUGGCAUUCAUGUUCAUCACGCUCAUCCGUUUCGAGUUAAGCGUGUGGAAUAUUAUUCAGGAUAUAAUUGGAUCCACCCUGAUGGUACUCGUUGUGCUGGGCUACAAGACAAAGCUGUCAGCGUUAAUUCUUGUUGCGCUGCUUACUGCCCUCAAUUUGUAUCACAAUGCCUGGUGGACUAUUCCGUCGUACAAACCGCUCAGGGAUUUCUUGAAAUAUGACUUUUUCCAGACACUUUCGGUCAUCGGUGGCUUGCUCAUGAUUGUAUCCUUGGGCCCCGGUGGUGUAUCUAUGGAUGAGCACAAGAAGAAGUGGUAGAGCGUCUAGAAAUUCGCUGAAAAUUAGAAUUACCAUAAAAUGGAACAACAGGAGGAGAACAGCACAACAACACAUAAACAGAAAAAAAUAUGAGAUAAUAAACUUGACUUAUUGAUAAAUUCAAAA